UGGGACUUUGUGGCUGGGAUCCAAUGACAGGGUUAGGAAUAGAUUCCCCAGCAAGAACAAGCAUGACAGGAAGAGAAAGCCAGAGAGAGGAUAAGACAACACAAGAACCAUUGAAUUUAAUUAAAGUGAGUCUCCAUGUGGACUACUGUAGCUAAACAUUUAUUACGGAGCAAAGUCCGUCCGUGUGCAGCACACAUAUCACGGAAUGUUCGAAGGAACAAAGGAUUCCCUUCCAGUUUUCUGCUGCAAAUCUCUCGAGGACAACACAGUGCUCCUUUCUAUAACCAGACUGCUCACACUGGGACUAUGAUCCAGUACAUAGAGGUAUUGGAUGCUGAACGCUUUGUCUGCGUACACUGGAAGGAUGGAGGGCAAAGUCUAUUCCCGUAUGUAUGGCUCAGAGAUAAUUGCCAAUGUCCUAGCUGCUUCCUUCAGUCUGCCAAAGCCAGAAAGCUUCCAAUUGAGAAUCUGGAUGUGAAUACUGGACUGGAUAAAGUAAAUCUUUACAACGGAAAGAAGGUGAUCAUUACAUGGCCAGAUGAGCACCAAAGUGAGUUUGAUGCCGAAUGGCUGAAGAAGAGGUGUUUUUCAAAGGAAGCACGAGCGGAUAUACAAGAGGAACUGUUUUUAGCAGAUCAUGAGUACUGGGGUAGCGACCUGAAAAUCCCUACAAUGUCUUAUGAAGAUGUUCUACGCUGUGACCAGACGGCCUUCAAGUGGUUGUGUACUCUGAAAAAACUGGGAAUUGUACUCUUGGAAGGAGCACCUGUCAGACAAGGAGAGUUGGUUACACUUGGAAAGAGGAUUGGAUACAUGAGACAUACAUUUUAUGGAUACACGUGGCAAGUUCAAGACAAAGUAGAUGCCAACAAUGUGGCCUACACCUCUGGAAAAUUAAGUCUACACACGGACUAUCCAGCUCUCCAGUAUCCUCCAGGAGUACAGUUUCUUCACUGUUUAAAACAAUCGGAAACUGGAGGUGAGAGUGAAGUGGUAGACGGGUUCCAUGUCUGCAACAAACUGAAAGCGCAGAAUCCAGACGCGUUCAGAAUCCUCACGUCUACGCAGAUCGACUUUACAGACACUGGAAUUGAUUACUGUGAUUUUUCCCUCCAGUCCAAACAACGGAUAAUAGAGCUAGAUCAGAAUGGUAAACUUCAGAAAAUAAAUUUUAAUAAUGCAACAAGGGACUCCGUACUCAACAUGCCACCAGAGAAAGUGCAACCUUUUUAUUCCUCCUUAAAAGAGUUUGUCGGUCUCAUGAAUAAGCCUGAGAAUAUAUUCUGUUUCAAAAUGAAACCAGGUCAAGUGGUAACAUUCGACAACUGGAGGAUUCUGCAUGGGAGGAAGAGCUACCAAUCCGGGGCAGAUGUCUCGCGUCACCUUGAAGGCUCUUACCUUGAUUGGGAUGUUGUUAUGUCCAGACUGAGGGCCCUGAAGACCAAACUGCAAACUUCAAACUGAUUUUUAAAUAAACAUGAAUCCAAAUUAAGACUUAUCAAAAGAGAAUAAAAUAUGUUUAUAACAAAUCACAUUUUUUACUAUAAAUAAACAUUAAAGGCUUGGUCUACCUGAGAUCAGUAUUUGCCAGA